AUGGCACAAAGGAUUCACCUUCAUGACCAGGCCAACUUCGAUUUCCUGCAGAGUACCUGGGAAGGUGCAAACCAUUUCGCCGCCGGCCGCAAAUCUUCCACUUUAUCUGGAGGGACUCCAGCUGCUGAGAGGUGCGCCACGCGCCUUUCUUGGGCGAUAGAUGCCUGUUUCGCCUUCACUUCAAACCACACGAGCUCUGUCCCGGAUGCGUCGUUGAUCCAAACCACGGUUGUAUCGCCGUCCUUGGUCAAUAAGCCGGGGGUCUGGAACAGCGCUGUCCGAGAACGAACCGAGGACAUCUAUUCGGUUCAGUCGCCGGCCGUAAAUCACUGCACUCAUGACUUCUGCCACGGCGUCGUAAAUCUUCGUUCGCGCGUCAUCCGUCAAGGGUCCAAGCGAGUAGUCCCUGCGGUCAUUUUAUAUGCGUUCCGGCUCUGGGUAGGCUGUUGCGGCGAUCGGACGAGAAGCCUGGAUCUGUUGAGUCGUGGUUGGUGCGCCACCGACCUACGAGUCCGGGUGGAACUGGACUGCGGUGGUACGCGCGUCCAAAUUGAAGUCGAGAUGUGGCAGUCUUUUGGAGGUCGAGACUCUGACAACAGGGACGAGGCAGAGGAUGCACAUUUCUCUGACGAACCUAUGAUAGAUGAGCCCUUCGAUAUCAAUCAUCCUCCUGUUCGCGACCUGGAGAAAGUGUUCAAAGGAGGAGUUGAAGGAGAGUGCGCAGGGUUGUGGGCCCCGAAUCAGCUUCGAAGGCGACAGAGCUGGAUCCAGCUGUGGAACUGGCACUAUGACCCAAUCAUGUCUCAAUUGCGCAGAUACGGUGUCAUUUAG